AAGAAAAAGAAAAAGAAAGUAGUUAUUGCGACGAAUAUCGUUCUCUCUCUCUCUCUCUCUCUAUAUUCAUUAUCAUUUACGAAACAUUUCCGUCUUCGCUUCACUGCUUGCACUCUCUCCUCCUCCUCCGAGCUCACUCACCAGUUAGCCCUAAAAUCAAUGGCGCCAAUCGACCCUCACUCGUUUACUGAGUCGACUCACCCACUCGCCACCCACAUCUCACUCUCUCUCUUCUUCGACUUCCCCUCCUCCACCAUCCACGCCUCCGCCCUCCUCACCCUCCCGGCCCCACACUCUGGACCACUCUCCCUCGACGCGCGUGCACUCACCGUCCACUCCGUCCUCGACCCCCAAUCCUCUGCUCCCCUCCCUUUCUCCCUCUCCUCUCCUGACCCAAUCAAAGGCUGCCACCUCACCGUCUCCCUCUCCAACCACUCCUCUUUUCUCAUCGUCUACUCCACUUCCCCUUCCUCCUCCGCCCUCCAGUGGCUCUCUCCUCCCCAGACCUUCAACAAAACGCUGCCGUUUGUCUACACACAAUGCCAGGCCAUCCACGCGCGCUCUGUCUUCCCAUGCCAGGACACUCCGGCGGCGCGUGUGCGCUACGCGGCAAAGCUUAACGUCCCCCGCCAGCUCUCUGCCGUCAUGUCCGCUCGCCACGUGGACCGCCGUGACCCGAUCGCCGGCGAGGGAGCCGCCCCGCCGUACCUGUUCGCCUUCGCCGUCGGCGAGCUAGGGUUCCGGGAGGUGGGACCGAGAACUAGGGUUUAUUCGGAGGCGGUUCCGGCGGUGCUGGAAUCGGCGGCGACUGAGUUUGCGAGCACCGAGGACAUGAUCAGGCAAGGGGAGGCCUUGUUUGGGCCGUAUGAGUGGGAAAGGUUCGAUCUCUUGGUGCUUCCGCCGAGCUUUCCGUACGGUGGUAUGGAGAAUCCAAGAAUGACGUUCUUGACGCCGACGGUGCUCAAAGGCGACUCGAGCGGCGCGCAGGUGGUGGCGCACGAGCUGGCGCAUAGCUGGACUGGGAACUUGAUCACCAACAAGACUAAUGAGCAUUUUUGGUUGAAUGAGGGUUUCACGACAUAUGCUGAGAGGAGAAUUGUUGAGGCUGUGCAAGGUGAGGACAGAGCUGCAUUAAACAUUGGAAUUGGUUGGCGGGGUUUAAAUAAGGAAAUGGAGAGGUUCAAGGAUAACUUGGAGGUCACAAAGCUGAAAACCAACCAGGAAGGAGUUGACCCAGAUGAUGUGUAUUCUGAAGUUCCAUAUGAAAAAGGUUUCCAGUUUCUAUGGCGCAUUGAACGCCAGGUUGGAAGGCCUGCAUUUGAUGAAUUUCUCAAGAAAUAUAUUGCCACCUUCAAGUUCCAGUCAAUUGAUACCGAUACAUUUCUCGAUUUUCUGAAAGCAAACCUACCUGGAAUAGAGAAAGAGGUUGACUUAAUAUUGUGGACUGAGGGUACUGGUAUCCCUCCUGAUGCCUAUGAACCAGUUUCCAGUAUAUAUUCAAAGAUUGUGUCAAUGGCAAAUGAAUUUAAGCUUGGUAGGAUGCCAAGGGAGGAUGAAGUUGCUGAUUGGCAAGGGCAGGAGUGGGAGCUUUACUUGGAGAACCUGCCGAAAUCUAUUGAAGCUUCACAGAUUUUGGAGUUGAAUUCACGCUUCAGGCUGUCCGAAUCGAAAGAUUACGAGGUGAAGGUGGCAUUCCUCCUACUGGCCAUUGCUUCCAAGUGCAAAGAACACUAUGUUGAGGUGGAGAAAACUUUGAAGGCAGUUGGAAGGAAGAAGUACCUUGUCCCACUCUACUCUGCUCUUGUAGAAGGCGGCCCCGGAAAGGAAGAAGAGAAGAUUUUGGCCAAAAGGGUGUUUGCAGAGGCGCGUGACACUUAUCACCCUAUAGCUCAAGGUGUUAUUGAGACAAUUCUUAGCAAACACAUCUAGGAGGAUGGAGUUUGAGAAUGUAAAUCACAUGUGAAUUGAAUUUCAGAAGCUAAUCCCUUUUGAUGAUGCCUGUCGUUGGCUAUGCUAAUCUCUGAGAUAUGUAGGCUAAGCCUUGAUUGUUGUUGAACACGUGCAUCUUUGUUGAUGCUUUGCUCAUAUGAAUGAUCUCGUAAAUAAAAAAGUAAUGCUUUUCUAUCU